AUGGGACGUGCCCAGAUCGUUAGGAUGGUGAUUUUGGCAACAGAACUCAAGAGCCAGGAAAAAGAGAGUGCAGUCCACGCCCUUGAACUGGUCCUCACACCCUGGGAGUGGGACUCCUGUGGCCCUGGGGGUGGGGCCGGGUGGGAGGACGCUGCCUCCCCUUCGGAAGCCCUGUGUGGGGCCCACAGCUCGGCUCACACGGAGAGCCUGCGCAGUUCAGGGCCCUCUACUCCUUGCGGCCUUGCAGCCUGGCCGGAGCUCAUGUCAGAGCAACUUUCGGAGCCCCCUCACAGGGCAGGGACCCUGCUGCAUCCUCCGUGGACCCAGCCCUUUAUUCCUCUGGGAGGUUUCUGA